UUUAAUCGAGAUUUGUAAUACGUCAAUCACAAUGGACACAAUGGACACAAUGGACAAUGCAGUGAACACAAUGGAAAACUGUCCAUUGUCGAUUGUUAUAUCAAUGGAUAUGUCCAUUGCCAACACUGAUUAA